GUGGGGGCACCGGGAGCCCGACACGCCCCUCGGCGGCGCUCGGCUUCCCCGGCGCGGCGGGGCGCGGGCGGCACAGCGGCCCCGCUCCCCAUGGCGGCGGCGGGGCGGGCGCGGCGCGGAGCCGGGCUGAGCGCGGCCGUGCUGCUGGCGCUGCCGGCCCUGGCGCUGCUGGUUCUGCUGGCGCUGCCACCCGGCCGUGGCAGUGCCGGUGGCGGUGGCGGUGGCGAGGCUCAGCCAGGCUCCCCGCCGCCGCUCCUGCUGCCGCCGGGCUUGCGGGAGGAGCUGCGGCAGCGGCGGCGCGACCUGCGGCGGCUGGAGGCGGCGGCGGCGGGCGGCGGGGCGGCGGCCGCGGGAGGGCUGGGCUGCGGCGACCUGAGCCGGGCCACGGCGGGCGCCGUGCUGGGCUGGGGCUUCACCAAGGUGGUGGCGCGGGCGGCGCUGGCGGGCGGAGGCGCCGUGGCGCUCAAGUCGGUGCACGGCGCGGGCAGGGAGGUGCGGCUGUGCGUGCAGCGCUACCGGGCCCCGGCCGGCUGCCGCCGCCUGGCCGCCUACAAGCUGCUCAAGGAGGUGACGCUGCUGCGGCGCCUGCAGCACCCCGGCAUCGUCAAGCUGCACGGCCAAUGCUAUGACAACAGCGGAGAUGCUGAGCUACGGGUCACAGCCAUGCUGGAGCUGGGAUCCCCGCUGGAGAUGAUUCAGCUCCUGCAGACCCCCUGGGAGGAAAGAUUUAAAAUUUGCCUGAGUCUUGUGAAACUGCUGUUUUACUUGGCACAUUCCCCUCUGGGUUCAAUAGUCCUCUUGGAUUUCCAGCCAAGGCAGUUUGUUAUGGUGGAUGGAAACCUAAAAGUGACAGACAUGGAUGAUGCCAGCACCGAGGAGCUGUCUUGCAAGGAAGAUAAUGACUGCACACUCGACUUCCCCACCAAAAGUUUCCCUCUCAAAUGCUCUGUGGCUGGGAAAUGUGAAGGAAUAAAUGAAAAGAAGAAUCUAUUCAAUGCGUAUCGGUAUUUUUUCACCUAUCUCUUGCCACAUUCUGCACCACCAGCUUUGCGGCCCCUUUUGAGUGAUAUUCUGGAUGCAACAGGUGAUUUACGAUACGGAAUAAAUGAAACCCUGAGAGCUUUUGAAAAGGUUUUACAUCUGUACAAGUCUGGACUCUAUCUGCAAAAAAGACCACUUCUUUUAAAAGACUACAUCUCCCUGAAGGGUUUCCGAGUGGUGGCAGGAGAAGACUACAAGUGCUGGCCCUCCUACAGCCACCUGGGCUGCCUGCUGUCCGUGCACGGCGCCGAGGAAGCCGCUGCCAUCUGCAGCUCCCAGCUGCAGUGCCAAAGCUUCGUCCUCACCCAGCGCAGGACGUGGACAGGACGCCCACUCGCCUCAUUUCAGAGUAGCUGGACUGAUUUAAUACCGGAUGCUAACGCUGUAGUCUAUAUUAAACGUUCAGCUUCCUCAGGGGAAAGACUUUAAAGACAAUGAGAUCACAUAAAAUGAUCCUGGGAGGAACAAACUGCUGGGGAGAAUUUCAUCUGCUGGAAAGAAUGACAUAUUUUAUUUUGCUUUGGGAUGCGAUCUCUCUGCCAGCUCGGAUAGAGUCAAGUGCUGCUGUCUCCUUGAUCAAAGCUCAAAUUUCUCAUUGCUGCUCCACUAGCUUCUUUUCUGUUCCCACACUGCUGUUCCACAUAAAUGGUCUCAGUUUUAGUCAAAUGUUGCUAGACUGUGCAAUACUUAGCUUUGCUGCUUUGGCCAGCUUGUCAGCCAAGAAAUAGAAGUAGCUGCAAGGGAUCCAGCUUGGGUAGGCUUAGUUAUUUCAGUCACCUCCAAAAUCCUACAGAUAAUGCACUUUGGAGAAGGCAAUGGCUCUUUCUGCAGCUACAAACUGGGUUUUCUUUCUACUGCAAAUGUAAAGGACUGGAUUUCAGUGACCAGGCCAAGGUUGCAGGGUUGGGAUUCAUAACCAGAGGUUGAUGAUGGGGGUGGUCCUCCAAGGAGGGUCCUGAUUCAGUUCCUUCCAGUGCAGGGGAGGGAAGUGGUGUCAGCACUGGAUCCAAAUAUCUGUGUGUUUGGAUGCAGGAUUUGGGGUUGAUCCUAUGUGAUUUCUAAUACCAGCUCCCAUGUAUCAACCUUGAAGGUUUUUCUCUGUUACUUUCCAUGAAAGAGCGAGACAUUCGAAUUAUUUAUAUGUAAAGUGUGACUUUGUAUGAUAAAGAAUAACUUUGUAUUCUAAGCAUGCUGUGAAAAGGUUUUUUUUUCUUUAAUUGCCUAAGUCUUUACUGUAACCAAAUGAAAAAAUGCUGGUGUUUCCUACCUUGAGCUCACCUAGCAUUGUUACCCACUCCUGAAGCCAACCUGUGAGUGCUCCAAGCAGUGUUUGGAUGCUCCUGAGCCCCCUCAGACAUUUAGGUUUUGGAGGACACUGGCUGUACUUGCAGGCUCCUGAGCGUGGAGGAGACAGCGUGGUCUCAAGAGCCUCCUGCAACUGCCCUUUGCUAAAAUUGUGGAUGUGGCCUCUGAAAAACAGCUGGGGUUAGUAUAAUUCCAGACUGUAGGAGAUGACAGUGUACUGUGCCACUGCUGGCAGUCCCUGGAAGCAGUGACCAUCCAGUGCCUCCUCUGUGGCACUGUCAGGAAAGCCUAAAUCACCACUGACCUCCUGUCUUCUAGGGAAAAUUGCUGGCUUUGUGCAGGAGAGCCACACUUCAGCCUCUGCCUGAUGCCACAUUGUUUUCUGCUUCUCCCACACCUGGAAUUACAGCUUUUGGGACAGGGGCAGCAAUGCUGUGGCUGUUUCUGUGUGGGACCUUGUAGCAGCUGGGACAUCCCUGGGCUGAAGGCGCUGGAGCUGUUGCCUGGAGCCGUGCUGUGUUUUUGAUGGUCUCUCCCUGUGUUUCCCAGGGCAGGGCAUACCUUUCAGCUCGUUUUUACCCAAUUAACCCACUGCAAUGCCUUUGCUGGUGUCUUUCUCAUGCUUGUAACCCCUGCUGCUUACUCUGGUGCUGGAGGGCUCCGAUAGUGAUAUCAAUUAAUGAGAAUUCCUAGUUAGCACAACAAGAAGGCUCUUGUGAUGACCACAUUGCUGCAGGCUUUGUGACAGCAAGGCUUUUUAAAUGGCCAGGGACGAGCCCUCUCUCUGUUACAGCAGGACGGUGGAAGUCAAAGGGAAGGUCCUGCCGGGGGUCUGCUAUUGUUUUAUAUCGACCCCACUGAGCAGGGUUUCAGACAUCUGCUGUGCUCUACAUUAGCAGGAGGUAUUGGGAGUUAAUUCCAUAUCUCUCAGCCUCUUGAGAUACACAUCAGCAGUACUUCCCCCAAAGCAAGGCCUUGCAAGGGCCAACCUGGGGUCGUUUCAGAGAGGAAGAAACAAAAUGCAAAAGUUAAAGCGGUUCCAGUUUGUGUUAAAAGAUCUUCCCAUCUUAAAAAUUUCUCCUGGUAGAAGGAACAUUGAGUAUUUUAGUCGCCUGAUGCUUCUUUCCUGUGGCAGGUUUUUCUGUCAAGUACUCCUUGGAGGGUUGCUGCCAAUCACGUGCAGAUGGUGAGUAGGGCAGAUGGUGAAGUUGCAGGGAAUGCCAGUGUCACUUGUAUAAAUGCAGCUUCCAGCAUCAUAUCUUGAAAGUUUUGAGCACACAGUGAUUAACAAGCAAUAAUAAUAAUAAUAAUAAUAAUAAUAAGUAAAGAAAAUGGGAAGCUAGGCUUUAAAGAAUUACAAUGCUCGAUCUGCUGUUCCACAGCAAGUGGCUUUUGUAGGACAUUUAGGCCACCCUGUGCAGAGGAGUAAGCACAUUCUUGGAGCCUGGACUCUCAUGUGCACAUUCAUCUGGCUGGCACAGAGAAGCAGCCAGAACACAAGCAUGCCUUUCCAUGACAAAUGCUGUUCAUGUGCUAGAGACUUAGAAGUUGCCACAAAUAUGCUGGUGCAUGCACUGGUUCUCCUCCUAGCUGUGUGCAGCUCCCCAUGCCACUGGUGGGCAUGCCAGCUUCAGUCUGAUUCGAGGUGACAUCCACUGCAGCCCAAUGGUGCCCAGCGAAUCCUGGGUGACAGAAAAUGUUUUCUCACCCUGCCACAUCUGCAGCUGUAGUUUGACAUGUAUUUGAGGAAACACAGGCACUGGGAAAAGCAAUUCCCACCCUGCAUUUUCCCAGGUUCUUGCUGUUACUGUCUGCUGAGAAACUUUUACCAAUGGCUUGCCAGUUUAAAAGCAUGUGGGAUUAUUUCUCUGCUAGACUGCAGUGAGCAGCCUGUGACCCCCAAGUUUCAGGCAGCUCAUAUGUGGCUCAGGGGCAGCUUCUGUGCCAGGUCUGUGUGAAGCACCCAAGCUGUUCCCAGCCCUAAGGGGAGGCUACAGGAGGAAGCAUCUUCUAUACAGCUUCUGGGCCCGUGUGGCUGUUUUGUAGUGCGCUAGCUUUAUGCCUCAUCUCACUCAGUCAGCUUUUAUUCAUUCUAUCCUUUUACUAAAUUAUAACUGGCUCAAGCAACUUUAAACUUUCAAUGCCACUGAAAAUUUCAGUGCAUGCCUAAAAUCUGUAUUUUAGUAACUAUGGUACAUAAGAACUCAGAUAUAAACAUUUAUUGUCCUUAAA